AUGUUUUGCCUUGAUUUUACGUGUAUUACAGGGUGCAAUAGAUCUCUUCGUAUUCUGAGCGGUGAAAUAAAAGAUUGGAGGAUCACUGUACGACCCUUUCGUUACUACAGAUAUAAACCCAGUCCUGUGAGCCUGCUUCUUGAAGCGACGGGAGGAGCGGGGGACACUUGGAAACCCUACUGGUUUUAUAGAGACCUAUGGUUUCAGGUUGAACUCCAUAAUGGAUACACCUGGGUUACUGGGAUAGCGACACAAGGAAGGCUGAUUGCAUACGCGCUGCUUUAUUGGGACUGCAGAGUUCGGAUGCAGUGGUACACGGAGAGAGGACAAAGGCAUGCCAAGGUCAAGGAAAUAGCGUGAAUCAUACUGUAAAAUCAAAAGACACAGUAUGUUUUCUUGCGUCAGACCCAAAACAUUUCUGAGAAUCUGUGCAGACCCACAGGUCUCAUGGAACAGAAAGAGGGGGGAGGGACUAAACCAACUAGACUAUCCUGUUGAAUUUUCCAUGGUUAUGAUCAGUUAUGGAGACGUGAAGAUUAGUUGUUUCGUGGAAGUAACCCGUCUUGGAGAUCAGUCUUACUGAAACCCCAAGAAGCUCCUCAUAUAGGUGAUACAUUUUCAUUCUAUAGGAGUUUGAUUUGCAGAAAUCCACCCAGGUCUAAGUAUCCUAUACUAGUCGUUUCUAAUGGUUUUCGUUUACCCGUUGACGGUGCGAAAAUGACCUUUCUGAGGUACAUUAAUUUAAGUUGUUGAUAUAUGACUUCCAGAGUAGCGAGCAUGUCAGUCUUUUUACUCUGCUGGAACAAGAGCAAAGACCUCGUAAGUAUUUCAGCUGUUAGAUGAUUCUUUUUAAGGCCAGAAAUAAAGUAAGCAUGGUAUCUUUCAUAAUUUCUAGAUUUUCACUGGAAAUAGACACAAAUCUUUUGUUCGCAACAAACUUAAGACACCCAUCAGAGCUAGAUUCUUCCGUAUCUAUCCAUUGACUUGGAGAGGAAUGAUAGAAAUGAGGAUGAAGCUGUAUGGUUGUAAAGGUAAGGUGGAUGUAAACACUCAUUUAAAUGACAGGUAGAGAAUAGAUUGUAAUUUCUGAUUAUCUAUAUGGAUAUCGCUGAAUUUUUUUUCACUGUUGGCUGAUCGUAAGAGGCAAGGUGAACUUAUAGUUUUAAGGCUAUCCGGUCAUCUCGUUCCAUGGCCAAAUCGUUCCAAGUCAGAUUUUCCCACUCAACAGUCAUAUCAUUUCACCAAAUAAUCAGUUCGUUCCACGCAUAUAAUAUAUAUUUUCUAAACGUGUAAAGAUGAUUUGAGUACUGAGUAGCAAUCAGAACAUAGAGGUGCAUGAACCAGAACAGGUUUCUCUCGCGAUUGAUACUGUUUAACCCAAAAGCACUUUACAUUUGGCGCGCCAAACACGCAGGCUACGUAGUACUUUAUUGAAUAUCCUUUGUUCUGUGUUGUGGUCAAAAGUCGACAAAGAUAUACCCUCGCUAUUGUGUGAAUAGCUCUCACAUAGUUCCGUAAUACACACUGAAAUUAACAUACGACGCUCUCACUAUUACAAAAAUAGUCUAUGUUCCGAUCGCUACUUUGUACUCAGAUUAAAGUUAAAUAUUUAGAAAAUAUAUAUUGUAAGUGUGACCCUCCACGGGAUUUCAGGGAAUAAGGUGAACGCACGCAUACGGCACGCUCGCACUCUAAAGAAAAAGAACUAACUUUUAACACGUUAGCUGCGUGCUAGCUACUUGCCUCAUUAACUUCGUAGCCAUUGUCUUGCUUCGCAUGGUAGAAAAAAAGGAACGUGUUAAGAUAUUGCUUACAACUUUGCACGAUAUAACACGAUAACCGUGCCAAUUUUAUGAGACGCCUCUCAAAGUUGCUUUCGAUUUGUAAGGGAAGUACGUCCAAAGCUUUAAGGCUUUUUAGCUCAGCGAUACACUAAGCUGAUACGAUACUCAGUAUCCAGUGCAACUUCGGUCGCUAAAUCGCCAAGCGUAAAGGAAUGUCUCGACUUGUUGUCCAUAAUUUAAGGCUAUGAGUUUUUUCCUUCAUUUUUAAAUUCGUCAUUUUCUUGCGAAAAAACGGGCCGAACGAGCAAAGUCCUCUGCUCCUGAAAUCGUGAAUAAACUUUUGAAGGUAACAAGCACAAGCUUUUUGAAGUAAUAAGAGCGAACCUGCGUGAUACAAAGCAAAUGGCUACUUCGUUGAGGGUAAAUUGUGUUCUCACCAUGUUAAAUUUGUAAACCAACAAGUGCGACAGUCCGCGUGAUGCAGUGGUAGCGCUUGCGCUCUUUAAAUCGACGGUUCGAUUCAUGUGCACCACGUGAACGUCAUCUUUUUUAAUAUUCUUUAUCUGACGGAGUUUGCAAAACAAUUCGACAUCUCAUAUACUUUUUUGCCGUGAAUGUUUCCUCUUUUAUUACAACUUUCGAAUGGGAUAUAAGAUCUUCUUUAUUUUCGCCUAUAUUCUGUAAGUAAUAUACUUUACAAAUACCAUCCUCACAAUUAAGAAGCUGACAAACACAAGUAACAAAGUGAGCUGGGCUGUACAAGAUAAACUAGCGUGUUAAGGAAAUAAAGGAACUCGGCGUGUUAUAGCGUGCCGUGCGCGUGCGUUCACCUUAUUUUCUGAUACCCUGUGGAGGGUCACGUAUGUGGAAUGAACUGACUCUUUUGUGGAACGAUCUAACAAUUGAGUUGAACAGUCUGACUUGGAAGAUGUGACAAUUGAACAAAAUGACCGUAAAUCGUUUCAAGGAUAACCCUAUUUUUUGUCAGACAGAAUUAUGUUAGUUUCGAAACUACUUCAGGACAGCAUUACUUUCUUUAAUAAUUAUUCUCUAUGAUUGAUUUUGAAAACUCGAGCCAUCUUCUCGAUGAAAACCAAAACCACUCAGCCAUUAAGGAAUUUUAUUGACAUGUUUUCUUGUGGUAUUUUUUUUUUACUUUUAUCUAACUGGCCGUGGUGUCGUAUCUCUAAUUUUGAAGCCUUGAUUAUUAUUUUUCUUCCUUAUUGUUUUUCUUUGGAUUGAUUUUCCCAGGCGUAUGUUUGUCCAUGCCAUGUAAGAAUGGAGGCAAAUGCGUUCCUGAUUAUAUCAACGAGAACUACACAUGCGUUUGUCCUGAUGGAUUUUACGGUGAUACCUGCAGAUUAGGUAAAUAAGUGUUCAAUAUGCACCAUAAUAUUCAUCGAGAUGAAGUGGUGGUUAAUGCUUGUGAAUGGAUUGGGUGGAAUCCAAUUUGGUCUGAAAUUAAACGUGCACGCUUUCCUAAAAGAACAGGGCGACCGUGAAGCGGAAAUCAACAACGUCUUCUUAUCAGUGAAUUAUAACUAUGAAAAAAUUGGAGAUAGAAAAUACAAGUCGGUUAGGUUGUUUUUAAAGAUGAAGAAACAAUUGACGUUUUCAGAAGAAAAUGAAACCAAUAAUCUCUACAACAGCGCUCCUCGUAUAGGUUGUACUACCGGGUUACACAGGCAAGACGCCUACACUAUAUCCAAAUUGUAAUGUCGAUCACCAUCACGUUCAACUCUUUUCUUACGGCUCUGAGAUAGAAAAUACCCGCUGAAAUGAACAUCACAGUGUGGCAGAAGGUAGUUGUGCAAAGCUGCGUGUCAAUUUGACAAAAAUGCAAACGUUGCAAGGUUGAUAUCAAAAUCCAAUUCCCUUUUUUGUGUUUAAAAAAGUAAAUAAUUCAUGACUCCAGAAUGAAUCCUAUUUGCCAUUUCUCUAUUCCAUAACUUGUAUUUAAUUUUACCAUUUAACUGACUGUUGGCAUUUGUUUCACAGGUGACUUAUGCAAGCUUAGUAAACCUUGCUUACAUGGAGGCAACUGCUCAGCAGUCAGAUCCUGGCCUUAUUUCAAGUGCACAUGUCCUUCCAAUUACACUGGUUUCGACUGUGGAUUCGAGAUAGGUAAGUAUAGUCCAGACACGUAGAAAGCACAAAGAAAAAUAAACAAUAAUUACAAGGGUGAAAGGUGAAAACGAACGCACAAGCAAAAAACGAUCAAACAAAACAGAUGCAAUAGAAAGGUUGUUAAAAAUUAUACAAAAUGAUUUCGUUUAAAUUGUGCAUCGGUUUUUGUAGAGGGAUAGUAUGAGGUUAUCCUGGUAUUGAGCGAUUUCCAAUUUAGUAUCGAAAGUAAUCCAAGUUUGUUUUUGUUUUGCUUUACUUCGCUCUGAGAUUGGUGCAAGGAACUCGCACUACCACCUCAACCAAUAAAAUACUGAAACCAAUCUCAACUUGGUUCCCUCCCCCCCUCCCUCUCCCUUCCCCCUAUUUUUUCCCGCACUUUCAGAGGGUUGCUUGUUCUUACAACGAGGUCUCAUUGCUUAAUGAUUAAACUCAAUCUUACAACUGCUCCAACAUGUAAAUCCACUGAACUAGCAAUCCUCUUUUCUUUUUACAGGUGAUCCGUGCAAUCAUAACUUUUGUCUUAACAAUGGAACUUGUCAGCGUAUAGAAGCCUGGCCGUACAGCCAAUGUAUUUGUGGUUCUGGAUACGCUGGUUUUAAUUGUGGAACCCACAUAGGUACGAAAUAGCAUAAAACCUCAAUUUACAACGGUGGGCCCAAUACAAUGUGUCUAGUGAGUAACACCCCUACCCCAGCAAUAGCUUUUACCACUUUGGUGAAAUACCAUUGAUGUAGCAGGUGUUCCUAACAAGCUAUGUACUCGUAGCAUUUCUGGACUGACCAGAAUUUUGCAUGAUGUGGACUUGAAACAAUACUCUCAGUCCUUUACUCAGGCAGGAAUAAAGAAAGAGUGCAAACGUCUUAGUUCAUCAAGCUUACAGGGGGAAGGACAGUCGGAAAAAAGCAUUUCCUGAGCGUAAACUGAUAAAGAGCUAAUCAUUGUUUUGCUAGAACAAGCUAUGAAAUACUUGACCAAAUUUCUUAGCAUAUCUUCAGCAAUGGUAACUCAGUUAAGGCAGAGAAAAGUCGUUUUCACAACUUUCUUUACCCAAACCAUCAUAAUAUUCGACCUUACUAUCAAAAUCACGUGUCUAUUUUCUUUACAGGCGACCCUUGCCCUGACACUUUCUGUCCAAAGGGUUGGAAUUGUACGUCCUUAGAUUGGCCCGUUGAUAUUUCGUGUAUUUGUACAUCAGGAAACUGCAACGUUGAAACAGGUAAACUAUAUUCCAUGAUUAACCUCGAAGGGCUUUUAUUGGAAGAGUUCUCUAGACACACUAAUUUCUCUGAGCAAUAUUUGUGUCGUGGCAUUUCUAUUGCAUUUAUUAUUUUCGCAUCCUUCUUUCCUAUUACCUUCCUACGAGUCUAUCACCGAGGAGUCAAAGAAAGACAUGUCUAAUUCAAGGGUAAAUAGAAACAAAUGCUUGUUUCACAAAAAUCAUAAUGUGAGUACAUCGUGGCUGAUCGUGGGGUUUCCAACCACUCUGUGUGAUAAUAUGAGAUUAUCCUCGUAUUGAGCGAUUUCCAAUUCAGUAUCAAAAGUGAUCCAUGUUUGUUUUUAUUUUGCUUUACUUCGCUCUGUGAUUGGUGCAAGAAACGCGCGCUACCAUCUCAACCAAUAAAAUGCUGAAACCAAUCUCAACUUGGUUCCCUCCCCCCUCCCUCUACCUUCCCCUUAUUUUUUCCCGCACUUUCAGAGAGUUGCCUGUUCAUACAACGAGGUCUCAUUGCUUAAUGAUUACACUCAUUCUUACAACUGCUCCAACAUGUAAAUCCACUGAACUAGCAAUCCUCUUUUCUUUUUACCGGUGAUCCGUGCAAUCAUAACUUUUGUCUUAACAAUGGAACUUGUCAUCGUAUAGAAUCCUGGCCGUACAGUCAAUGUACUUGUACUUCUGGAUACGCUGGUUUUAAUUGUGGAACCCGCAUAGUUACGAAAUAGCAUAAAACCUCAUUUUAAAACGGUAGGCCCAAUACGAUGUGUCCUGAGGAACAUCCCUUCCCCACCAAUACCUUCCACAACUUUAGUGAAAUACCACUGAGCUAGCAGGGGUUCCUAACAAGCUAUGUACUCGUAGCAUUUCUGGACUGACCAGAAUUCUGCAUAAUGUGGACUUGAAACAAUACUCUCAGUCCCUUGCUCAGGCAGGAACAAAGAGAGAGUGCAAACGUCUUAAUUCAUCAAGCUUACAAGGUGAUGGAAAGUCGGAAAAAAAAACAUUUCCUGAGCGUAAACUGAUAAAAAGCUAAUCAUUGUUUCGCUAGAAAAAGCUAUGAAACUCUUGACCAAAUUUCUUAGCAUAUCUUCAACAAUGGUAACUCAAUUAUGACCGAAAAGAGUCGUUUUCACAACUUCCUUUACCCAAACCAUCAUAGUAUACGACCUUACUAUCAAAAUCACGUGUCCAUUUUCUUUUCAGGCGACCGUUGCCCUGACACUUUCUGUCCACAGGGUUGGAAGUGUACGUCCUUACAUUGGCCCGUUAAUUUUUCGUGUCGUUGUACAUCAGGAAACUGCAAUGUUUCAACAGGUAAAAUAUCUUCCAUUGUUAACCUCGGAGAGUUUUUACUGGAGGAGUUCUCUAGACACAUUAAUUUCUCUGAGCAAUAUUAUUUGUGUCGUGGCAUUUCUAUGGCAUUAAUUUUUUUUCGCAUCCUUCUUUCUUAUUACCUUCCUACAAGUCUAUCACUGAAGAGCCAAAUGAAGAGAUGUCUAAUUCCAUAAUAUAUAGAAACAAACGCUUGUUGCACAAAAAUCAUAAUGUGAGUACAUCGUGGCUGAUCGUGUAGUUUCCCGCCCCUCUGUGUCUCAGACUGAGAGGUAUUCAUUAAAACAGAGCUAUGUUUGAGUGACUAACAGGAGAAAAAAUAUACCGAAUUCGUACUUCAUUGGAAGAUGAUUCAAAUUUAAAAUAAAACUAUUACUUUGAAUACAGACAAGGUAAUCUGAAUAUCGGAGACUUUUAUAUUUAAAGCAAUUAAUAUAUACGAAUUUAAGUUUUCAGCGAAGAAACUAUUAUCAGGUGAUCAAAUCGUAUUCUUGGUAAAGCUGUUUUCCGUGCAAUAGACUUUGGGUUAUCACAGCUAAGGUUAUCACAUAAAAAAAGGUAAACAUCUUGCGAGGAAGGACUGUGCAUGUAAAUGAUCUCGCGUGUGGGGGACGGUGUUGUCCAAGUCCACAUUGGCAAAUUGCCUUUGCAUCCUACUGACUUAAAACGUGACGCAGUUUUUUCUAUGAAACGAACAAAAUCCGGUGGCGCAAUUAACUUUGAUUAUAAUUCCACUAGGCUCUCUUCUAGUUGUAUACGAUACCCAAAAGAACACUCUUGACUAUGGGACAGUUUAGACCUCAAUAAUCCUAGUAAGAGAUUCAGUUAAAAUCUCUUGAUCGAAGUAGUGGCAACUGUGUCUGAUUUGUACUUAAGGAGGCUCUAUAGGGCUUUUGCUCAAUGUUGGAGCGCGCGCCAGCGUUUCGUUUUUCUAGAAUUUUUUUUAGGUUUUUCAAGCUCGCUAAGAGCUAUCAAAAGGCAAUAAGCAAGAUUCGGACUAUCAUUUGCUGUAUUAAAUAUUAAUGAAAUGAUUUUCGUGACUAAGCUAAGGCUCCACGAAGGGUAACGUUCGCCAGUGACAAUUUGGCUUUGCCUUUGAUUUUCUUCAAUUUGAUUUGGUGAGACCUCACAUUUUUCACUAUCUGUGAAAUAUGUCCUACGGAUUAUUCAAACGCCGAAAAAAUAAGGGUUAGAAAGGCAGUGUAUUCGCUAUUUGUAGUUUUGUGGUUUCUUCCUCUGUCUCAAAUUUGGUCCUUUAAUUUUUUUUUAAUUAACAGGCACUAGAAAGGGCACAAAUAUGUUUAACGGUCCAGAAAAAUUUAGGAAAUUCCACAGAACGAAACGCGAUUACAUUAUUCGAAAGAUUCCUAUUUUCUUUAUCGCAAAACACUGCGUAAUGGAAUAAAACUUCACCAAGAUCUAUAUCUAAGCAUGCGUAAACUUUUCAAUCUGUCGCUAUCUGUCACCUUUUAGCAAUCUUUCCCACCGUGUUUUCUUUACGGUUGGACUCUUUUUCAGGUGUAGAGGGCCUGACAAUAUUACGUUUACAGUGGCCGUAAGCCCUAGAUUCCACCACAUAAAAAUUUUUGGUAUUGUGUUUAACUAAGUUGUUCAUAACACCAGGGCGAUUACAUCGAGCUGUCAUGUUUGUUUGCAUGUUGACAUUUUUAAAGCUUGCGCUAUGUUCGCACCCAGAUCUUGCGCGGUCAAAAAAACAAUACAGAGCUUCCUUAAGUUGGAAUUUAUCUAAAAGCCUCAUAAAAAAUAAAUAAUGUGAUAAGAUACUUUGUAUCUUUACAUCAUAGCAUUCAAAAGUUAUGCUUUUUUUUCAACAGUUGAUGCGUGUUUCGCCAACCCUUGCUUGAAUAAUGGAACCUGUACACUGAAUAAUAACUCACUGGGUUUUGAAUGUAGCUGCCCUUUAGGGUACAUUGGAUUUAAUUGUGGCUUUCAAGCAGGUGACAAAGGUUUCUUAAUUGAUUAAAUUAUGUCCACUGUUCUAGUUUGUAUGAUUCUAUUCAGAGCAAGAGCUCAAUCGAUCAGUCAGUUGGUUCCGUUUUAUGGAAUUUAUUUUAUUAAACUAUUGGUCAGUCAGAUUGUUUUUCUGUAAGUCAGUUACUUACUCACCCACUUACCCGCUCGUUCCAUCACUAUCUCAUUCGCCCCUCCAGUCUUUCGGUUGGUCGGUCGGUCGGUCGGUCGGUCGGUCGGUCGGUCGGUCGGUCGGUCGGUCGGUCGGUCGGUCAGUCAAUCAGUCAGUCAUUCAGAGAGUCAAUCAAACAACAUGUCAUGCUAUCAAUAUGUCGGUCGGUCAUUGGUAUGGCCAGAUUGGUUGCUCAGACAUUAAUGGACUUACAACAAAUUAAUAAAUCAAUCAAUCGAUCUGUCAAUUAAUCCUUCACUAGAUUUACUCACCAAACCUUUUAUCUAUAAGGUUCCUUUUCGAAAAAAUCGUAAAUAAUGUUGCAAAUUGCUUUUCUUACACCAUGUUUAAAUAAAAAAUAGAGGGCAUUACAACUUGAUAAUUUGCGAUUUAUCCCUUUAAAUAAAGAGUUGUCGAAGUAUAUGGUCCGCAAUUAAGUAGUGACAUAUUUCAACAGGCAAUCCGUGUUCAAAUAACUCUGAACCUUGCAAAAAUGGCGGAAACUGUACGCAGGAGAGUAAUAUCCUGGGAUACACAUGCAAAUGCACAUCGGAGUAUAUUGGGUUUAACUGUGGCUUUAUGAAAGGUGAUGCAUAUUCUAAAAACAUAUUAUAUCUUAAAGGAUACCUCAACUAAUGGAACACCUCGUUGUUGAAUUAUCUUAAAAUAUAUUUUAGUAAACGAAGAACUUAGUGCGAGAAAAAUCGAAACAGAUAUGAACUGCUUUCAAACUGGAAUUCUGUGUGUGUUGCCAUGUUGAAUCGUAUGACGAGUCACGAUUGCCACACUCAUCCUGAUGAUCUCACUUGGACUUGAUAAUAGUUUCGUGAAUAGUAAUGGAACCGUAUGACGUAAUAUGAGCUAGACUUUAGCCAUCCGUCAAAAUUCCAUGACGUGGAUCUCGAUAUUUUUCUUUUAGAAAAGAAAGCUGUCUCAAAAUUUCAUUUGCCAGUGAGGUUCUCUUCAUUUUGAAUCCAACCUGUGUUAAGGCAAGAACUUCAAAACCGCUCCACGCGAAAUUUAACCAGUUGGUCCUGCCAUUUCUUCUUCACUAACGCUGUGUUUUUACGUCUUCACAGACGAUCCUUGUUUUCCUAACCCAUGUCGAAACGGUGGAAAUUGCUUUAGGGAAGAUGGUCUGAAGGAUUUCAUUUGCAAUUGCACCUUUGGAUUUAUUGGUAAAAGAUGUGAGAGCGAGAUUGGUAAGUUUGUCUAAGAUGUACUUGUACCACUGCGGUGUUAAUUAUCAUUUGGCAUCCCGAUUGGCCUUGAAAGUCAAGAUUAACAAAAUCGGACGACCACGAAACAGGAGUCCGCUUUUGUUAAUCACGAGUAUGAUUACAGAAAAAGGUUCUAGGACACGAAUUCCGUUUAUUAAAUUAUCAAAACCAUUAAAAAAACUUUUGGUUCGUACAACUAAUAAUCGAUCCAGUACUGACCUGGUUUAUAAAAAAUUUCCAAAUUGUCGUAGAUGUUUCGGCUUUUUGAUUUGGUACUUUACACAAACCUUGAAAUCUGAUUGAUUGUUGAGAUUUAGUAAAGCUUUCUUUUAGGUGAAAAAGAUGUGAUUUAAAACAAAGUCGAUUUGACGAGAACCCAUCAGGUUGCAAGGAUCACCUGUAUUUUAAAAUGGCCCUACUGUAGGCUUUAACUGUGUCAAUAAAAUGCUCGAACAUCGAUGGAAAUAAAAACACGUUAUUCGUGGCUUAAUUCACUGUCUCGGGUUCAAACAAUUUAAUUUUCACCGCUACGAUUAAAAAAGACGUGAUCGGAAAGGCCGAGCGGAACCAAUUGUAAUAUACAUGUAGCACCUUUCAUGGGUGAUCAAUGUAAACCCUAACAUCAGUAUGCAAAUCCUCCACAAUGUUCUCUACGCAUUUCUUACAGUAAUAAACAUGUGUGAUCCAGUGGUAAGACUCUAAUUAGAAAUUACAAGCUAGUCACUCUUGGUGGUUAAGAGGUUAAGGGCUUUUAAGUCAUUUAGUCAACUACACUUCCACAAUUGGUGAAACUCUUAUGAAUUAGAAGAUGCGAGGAUGGAAGGAGAGAUAUCGUCAAUUUGCCUUUAACAUCAUACUUUGUACUUAUGUAGUUCAUGGGAAUUGGAGUCAAUGGACACCAUGGCCGAACUGUAACAAGCCGUGUAAUAACGGAACACGAACAAGGAGGCGUGCAUGUGAUAACCCUAGGCCAGCUUUUGGUGGAAAAAGAUGCGAAGGGUUAACCUUUGGGUCUGAGCGCUGUAACCAAGAAAAGUGUCCAGGUAGAAGAUUUCUCAAUCUUUUCUUUUUCUUAGCAUGUUAAGUGUUGCUCCCAGAAGCUCAAAGGUCAAACGAGUUGACGAGAAAGUGAAUAAAGGUCACUUGUCAUCCUAGAUUAGAAUCCUUUUUCAGCCAAAGUUUCCCUCGAGAGGGCAAUUUUGUAUCUGUUUUAGUGGCAUGUAAGGUUCAGCUGUAUUGGUUUCGGUGGUGAGUGUUUCUGUCAACCAAUCUAGUUUGAACAGGCAGCCCCACAGCAUCAAAUAUUCAUUAAAUGUGGAGAACAAAAAAAAACAUCUUCUGCUCACUUCUCUUCUCUUUUCAGCCGAAAAUGUAAAAUACCAGGUUAAGUUAAGAGGUGAAACAUGGGAAUAUUCUCUUGCGGAGGUAGAAAGUACAAAACACGCGGAACUUGCGGAUAGAAUCAAAAAAGCUGUAAAUAUAUCAUUUUUAUUAUUUCUUUUCGCAAUGUUUUGAUUUUUCAAAUAAGUUGAAUUUAAUUUUGUUAGCUUUUGAUUAUAUAUGGCCCGCCAAAACUGUCUAUACUAUUUUCUCCUUUAGGUUAAGGACUUUUACCACAAAAGGGAUGAAAAUGUUAAAGUUGACAAGCUAAAGUUCAAGUAAAUCCUUUCUUUUAGAUUGAUAGUCUAUUGUCUCCUCUCACAGCAGAGCAAUUCAUCACACGAUUAAUUUACAUACACAUUGUUUAGGAUCGUCAGAAUCCAUAUUUAAAAAGGUUUGACUUUGCAUAUCUUUAAUCGAAUCCAUCAUUUGUUAUAGGAAAGGAAGUGUAAUUUGUAGUUUUAACGUCACCUACGAGAGCAUAGACUCGCUACAGAUCGUCUCUUUCCUGGAGGAAAUAGCAGGAGGAUUACUGGGGGACAUUCCAGUUGCGUUAGACAAGAUUGAAACCAGUAACGGUAUGCAUAGCAAAGUUUAUCAGCCAGAGUGAUUAACAAUUAUUUGUGUCUGUGAUAAUGAACGACGCGUGCUUAGAUUUAGCGCGCAUUUAUUAGGGCUUAAGCUACCUGUUCAGUGAUGACGUCUGCGAUCUGUUACUGAACCAUGGCAAAAUGGAAUCUACGUGUAUAAUAUAAUAAGGAAGCUAAAAAUUGUUAAUGGGGACGUCGUGUAUGCGUCUGUCCUCUAUAUAUGUUUAUUUCACCUGAUCAUAUAAUUCUUGUUUUUAUUUUCUCUCCCAGUACCCCAACAAGCUCCUGUGGAUUUGGAAGCCAAAAGCUCCAAAUCGACGAGUAUUGUCAUAAAGUGGAGGCAAAAUCAUUCCUUCCCAACUCUGGGUAAUAUGAUUGUCUACAAAGAAGCUAACAAAAAGUUCAAGACUAACACCAUGAAGUCAGUUCCACUCAGUACAUCUGAAGCGAUGGUGGAGGAUUUGAAAAAAUUCACAAAUUAUACCAUCCGUGUGUUUGCCUUUUCAAGUAAUGGUAAUGGGGUGCCAAGUGAUGCUGUCACUGUAAGAACUCAAGAAGAUGGUAAGUUCCGAAAGAUAAGACUAUGAAGCACUUUAACAUUUCUUUAAGAUAUAUUUUUUUAAUGAAUGGAUUUGAUAUCUUAUAGAGACUAAGAGAUCUGCGUAUGUGGCUAUAGUUUGUUGAGGGUAGCUAUUCCUUUUGUUUUUGUUUUUUGGGUUUGUACACUAUGAUAGACCAACCAUUUAAGGGUGUUGCGGACAAGAAAACUCGAGCACACCAUGACUUGGGUUGAUAUUGUAAAAUGGCCACUGCAAAGGGUUUAAAAAUUGACAUUUCGAGCGUUAGCCGUUCCUCAAAUUGCUCUGACGAAGGGCUAACGAUCGAAAUGUCUGCUUUACUACUCUUAAUGGUAUCCAGUUUGUUCUGGCUUCUUUACGUUAUCCUGUAUCUAUUGUGUCCCAGUGCCAAGUGAGCCACCCUCUGACAUUGUUGUCAAAUCAACAAGUUCAAGUACAAUUCAUGUGUCCUGGGGGCCGAUCAGCCAAGCUUUCGUACACGGGAUACUUAUGGGGUACGAAGUUAGUUACGCAAAGGAUGACGACUCAUCAGCAUGGGACAACAAGACAGUUGAUGCCAACGCACAUGAAACAGUUUUAAGUGACCUGGAAUAUUUCACACCGUACAAAGUUGUGAUCUGCGCGAGAACAUCUCAAGGAUGUGGAAAAAAUGUCUCUCGCAAUGCUACCACAUUUGGUGAUGGUGAGUUGAAGAUUUUUUGUUAGAAAAUGAUCUAGCUACGAAUCUACUCUCAAUCUCUUGAGACUUUCAAUCUCUCUUUAAAACGUUCGGUAGCUGGUGGAAACCUUUCGACCAAAUUGGGGUUUAUUUAGGUUACUUAAAGAAAAGAAGGUCACGGGGCCCACUAAAAACUGUAUUUAUCUUAUGGCCGACAUACAGUCGGUGUGCGAUGAUCAUUUACAUUACUAAGAAAAUCACUCAUCUAUGUAUGUAUCUUUCCAUGCACUCUCGUGAGAGAAAACUCCCCAAGGGGCUUUUCACUUAUUUAAUCGCUUGCUAAUCAUCGUUUUUCUAUGGGUAGAAAUUUUCAAUUAUUGUACUAACAUGUUUUGCUUUUGCCUUUACUCUAGUACCCAGUAAGCCUCCACAAAACGUGACAGCUGAGAGAUUAAAGGCUGCAGAAUCCAUCAACGUCACCUGGAAUGAAGUGCCGUUUGGUCACGUGAAUGGUCUGUUGAUGGGAUAUUCCAUAAAGUACCGAAGAGUGAAAACAGCCGAGAAAAAUGUAGUUCACUUGGAGGAGACGGCCAUAGCAAAAUCAACUGAUCUCUGGAUAGUACUCAAUGUUCAAACCUACUCGGUUUAUAUAAUCGAAGUGGCGGCUUUUACUCAAAAGGGCCUGGGGCCUUAUAGUGAAUAUAUCUAUGGUGGUAGGUAUAGGUAUAAAUAAUUCGAAAUAGCUUAACGCUGUAAUCACUGAGUUCAAUGACAAUGUACAAAGUGUCCACCAUAAAGAGUUUCAAAGCUGAGCGAAUGCUUGAAUAACUAUCCUCUCUGAAUUACAGAUGUUUGGACUUAUCCCCUCCUUAACAUGUCAUGUCAAUAUUGAGAAAUUCAUCAUUUUUGAAGACAGGGUGGGGUGGGGGGAGAUUUUGGAGGAUCACAUGAUUUUCUGGGGGAAUGGUUAGAGUGGACUAUAGAACAUUGACUGCUAAUAAAUGCUACUGAACCUUAUGGGGAAUCAGGUCAAUGUUAUUAUGAUAGAAGUAAAGUCUUACGGACCCCACUUCCCUGGCGAUGAAUAAUUAUCGGUUCAUAACAAUUUGAUGAAUAUCUCUCAUCCAUAUUUUUCGUUUACUUUACAGAAACCUGUCGCUGUCCAAAGACUCUUUACACGAACUAUUGGUCAACUCCGCCGUAUCUAAAAGUGAAUCUAAAAGGAAACACUCUGGAUGGCAUUUUUAGUCACAUUGUCACAGAUAUGAUCUAUACAGCUUGUGGAGAGUGUCCUGCAUACGGUUUCACCGAAAUCAACUUGACUUCAAACGGAAAUGGACAGCGAUCCGGCAAGGAAAGCCUUGUAGACGUUCUUGGUGACAUCGAUGAAGUUCCACAAAUAAGUUUCCCAAUCUACGGCAACAGAUACGUAACAAGAUUUGGGGGCGUUCACCCUUAUGUCAACCUUGUGGAGUCCCCUGGGUUGGCUUUUGUCGCCGCCAAGAGGACUCCAGGAGCAGCUGCAAGAAACAUUGUAAGCGCUGUGUUUUCGUGCUUUCCACUGGUACUACUGUCUGCAUGUAUGGCCUUUCUUUCCGGGUUCAUUAUAUGGCUUUUGGUGAGUAUAUAGUAUUUCGCUGUUAUUCAUUUAAAAAACGAAAGCUUUUUAGGAGUAGAGUUUUGGACUCAACUUCACGCACUUCAAAAGAUAAUGCUAUAAUGGUAAUAAUGAUGUAAAUAUUCUCAUGACCUUUUCUGGAAAAAGUAUGGAUAUUACAGGGAGAAAUUGCAUGUCAAUCACCUUUAGGAGUUCAAGGGUUAACUGAGUCUAUGAACCGCCCACAAGGAAGUAUAUCGCUUUCGUGGAUUGCACCUCAACAGUGCUGUGUACCUUAUAACCUAAGUAGACUUCAAAGUUUUGUUCGUUUUGUUUUGUUUUCUUAAUUGAAGUUAAAUCAUUGGGAAUGUUUCUCUCGUCAUCGUUCCCUAUCUCAUUAUUCAGGAUAUGAAGAACAACCCAGAUCAGUUUCCAGUCUGUUUUAGCAAAGGUAUCGGCGAAGGAUUCUGGUGGUCGUUCGUCUCCAUGACUACCGUUGGGUAAGCAAACCCUUAACAUUUGUUAUUUCUGCCGAAUCUCUUAUCGGUGUUUACUUCUUAGCAGCCAUUUUUCGUUAUCGUGAACCCAAGCCCCUCCUCUCCUCUCUGUAUGUUCACUUGACUGUCUGUCUGUUUUUGUUUUCAGUUAUGGAGACCGUUUCCCUCUUCUGUUCCUGCCCGUAUUUUUGGUAUCGCAUGGACCCUCACUGGAAUCGUUAUUAUCUCAAUUCUUAUUAGUGCGAUUGCGUCGGCGCUGACGAUUGUCAACGUUCCAUACCCAAUCAAAUUGUACGGUGCAAAGGUGCGUUUCGAUUGUAAAUACAUAAUCAGUUUUCUUAUACACGCGGCACAGCAGGCUACAUGGCAUUACUUCAUCUUACUUUACUAACUAAUUGAAAUCUCACGCUGCUUGUCUCUAGUUUUAUCUAAAAAACAAAGGAGUGGAUUCCAUUUCCUUCAGGGACUGUAAAUUACGUAUGCCGUAUAUCAGAAUCUAAUGGGAACUGGAAACUGGUACAUGAACUGCAUGAGAAGAUGUAGCGAUCGCAUUACUGAUGGUCUUGCCACGGAAAUAGUUACAGACAUAGUUACAGCAUUGUUACGGAAAUAAUAACUCUUCAUUGUUACUGGAAAAGACUGUUUUACAGACUUAGCGUAAUCGAGCAUGCCCUUUUAAAACGGUCAGUAAAUAUCAGUUCUGAUAGUAAUUCUUUGAAUUUAACUUAGAUUGGAGCAAUUCAAAACUCCACGGAACAUCGAAUUGGCACCCUAAAGAAUGCAAGAGUAAAUGAAGGUAAAACAUGAAUCCCUAAUCCCUACUGGUCAUUAGGAUAUUUUGUGAGUAUAUCUGGUGGGUUGAAAAAAUGGGGGGGCUCCGAAGCCUGCUUGCGAGAACGCGAGUUGCACGCGCGCUUAAAAGCUAACAUGCACGAGAGAGAUGCCGAAAUAAACAGAAGUAACCUAGUCACGAGUCGCUAUAGUUUUGCAUGUGAUUGGCCGCGAGAAUGGAGUGUGCUAUAUUAAAUGACCAAUUACGAAACAGAGUAGGACAAAAUUUAGUAAUCCGUAAUCCCUUUCGACUCUUAUUUAGGAGUUGAAAUAACCUGUUAAUAGUCCUUCAGAUUAGAAUUUUAAAAUGGGCAAGGCAAAAAAAUUUUUUAUAAUUGUUUUUAUCCGCAGAAAAGAACUAUAAAAAUCUUGAAGAAAUUCGUGCAGCGCUCGAAGAUGGAGAAAUUGAGGGCGCGCUUAUAGACACGUACGUUGCUGCAGAUCACAAGAGCGAACUUUUCAGUGACAAAAUCUAUGUGAAGCAGAUUUUGGACCAGCCACUUGGUUAUGGAGUUGUUCUUUCAGGAGCAGCAGUGAAUGUGGAGCAGAGAUGUCGGGACUUCAUCAACCUGCACAUGAGUAAUAUAUUCCACAUGAUAACCAUCUCGACAAUGACACUUGAUGUAAGUAAAAUUCAUAGUUGUUACUUUAAUAUUUUAUAUUAAAGUUCAAUAAAGCGCGCUGUCACUAGCUGAAAGAGAAUACUGUAUGAGAGCAUCGAGCAUUGAGCUGAGCUAAAGUUGUCGCGCCAUCUGCCAAGCUGUACUAUGUCCAACCUUUUCCUGGACUUCUCUCAAGCCUUUUUUUCAUUAACUGGAAGUGAAAUUUCGGAAUAAGUGAGCCGACAAGUAGCGACAGAAGAACCCAACAAAGGUUUGCAAACAUGCUAGGUGCCGUAAUUUGCGUUAUUACAACGUAAGCAGAGACGAAAAUCCUCAAUGAGAAAGUGAAAUGGACAGUCCGAGUUUUGAAGGUUUUCACCCUCCCUACACUUUCUUCGUGCUGUAGCCGCUUCCUGCGUGCUUUUACAACUGCACAGAGCACAAUCAAGGCUUCCCUAUUUGUUACGUAAAGGCUUAGUUAAUGCAACCAAUAGUGACUCUUUAAAAUGGAGUUGUAUUUCCUAGGUGGACUCAUUAUCAGUGAUAAAACCAGGGAGAAGUACGUGGUCCGGACCACAACCCUACCCCCAUCAGACCAAUGAAUGUUUGCAAACUUCUUCCAUCACCAGGGUCUUAUAUUAAUGCUCAACCUAAGAUAUUUUAAAUCUAAGGGACAGGCAUAAUUUCCCGUCAGAGUGGGAAGUGGGCAUAGUAUUAUUUGGAUGUGUCACAAUAACAUUUGCCUGAUCCUACCCAAAGGCUCUGUAGUAUUCUAGUUAUCCCCUACAUUGCCGGUCAAUUUUCCAUAACCCCACUACCCUCCCCUAUAGGUUAUAAAAUCGCUUCUCCUCCCUCUCCCCUUUCUGUUCUGUUAGCGACGACUGAUCCCCUCCCUUCCCCCCUGAAAACCGUGCGAUCCCCCCAAAACCUCAAGCUCCUUGCAGGUGAUCAAUAAUGGCUGGUCACAUAUUAUACCUGGCCGGUAUAAUUUUUUUCUUUGACUGUAUUUUUUAAUUGAUUAAAAAUACUUUCGUGGUUGUUGUUGUUACUGUCGAGUUUUCCUUUCUGUGCUUAUUUCUUGUGGUCUCUCGCAGCCUACUCCUCCAGAUGAAAAGGUGGAAUCAAGUACAGACUUGUUCGACGGUUCCUCCGUUAUGUUCCGCAUGGCCUUAGCUUCCUUGUCUGGAAUGCUUGGAUUAGCAAUCAUUGCUGGGAUAACUUACCACUAUCUGAUUUUCGUUCCACGCCAAAAGAGAGGUAAGACGUCUUAUCUCUUAUCUUGAGUGAAUAUUUUUCAGGAAUAAGUACAGGUAAAAUCGAAAAUUCUAUGUAUUUCUAAGCAUUCUUGUACCCAGAUAUUUCAUGGCCAAUCAGCUGUUACACCGUAGGAUCUUGGUACGAGAUUAAUUACAGGCAAUCAUAGCGCUUUGAAGUUUGGCAGUAUUUUUGAAGUAUUAAUCCGUGUGGUCUAAAGCUCUCUCCUACUAUAUUUCCAACUUAAAUGGUUAAAAUCAAAGAUUUAUCGAGCUACUUAUAUAAAACGGUCGGAGGUUGCUCAAUGAACUCAUCUGCAUAAUCGGCUGUCACGCUAGCGAAAUCGGUAAAACUUUAAAGUCACCACGGCGAGGAAAAUUGAUAAGUGCAGGAUGUUUUUAUAUUUUUCUGCAGCCAAACUUCUUGUUAGAAGAAAUAAAGCGGAGUUAUCAAUGGUCUGGUCUGGAAUUGAGCAAUAUCAACCAAGAAAGAAACAGUCGUUUUGACCAAUUUGAGAAAGCUGUCUAACGAGUGUUUUUAAAUAAAUUAUGACGAACCUCUGAAUAAACGAACAUCAAAAUUGAAAUACUUUUUAUACACCUUACAUAUCACAUAGUCUUAGAAUACAAAAGAUUUUUUGCUGCAUGCGAUGUGAUACGAGGACCGGGCUUUUCAACUUUUGAAGUUUUCGAUGUCGUAAGAGGUCAGAAAAGGGCCUUUGGAAGUUGUUAUUAUUUAGAGCUCUAAAAAUUUUAUUGUAAUGUAUUUCCAGAAACUAAUGUGGUUUUAUUUACUUGCUACCAAAGAUAGUCUAUUGGGCAAAGUUUGAGAGAAAACUUUUUUCCGAUGCGAAAUGCCCUGGACCGCACUUAAAGAGAUCGCUACUUAACAAUCAGAUCUUGGGAGCUUAGUGGUCAAAUAAUUAAAUGUUACAAUUGCAUUUCUUUAUUUUACUGACUAUGGCUCCUUUGCAGCAAUAGUGUUGACAGGAAGACAUUACAUUCGCCCCCACUUUUGGCGAGUUUUUGGGGAUGGGGUGGGGCAGGCUUUAAUAGUUAGGAGCAGCGCGUUUUUUUUUAUUCUUUAUCGUAAAUUAUUGUAAGCUCCAACCAGUAAUUUUGGACUCAUUGAUAAUCGCCAGUAAAUAUUCUCAACCUAUAUGUUUUUUCUUUUUCAGUUGACAGGCUAAAAGCAUCUUCAUCCCAACUUUCUCUGAAAAAAGCCCUAGUUGCAGAAAUGAGAGAUUUUGUACGCAUUUUUCACUCACAGAUGUCCACUCGAAUAUCUUCAGAGAUGGAUAAGUGUAAACAAAUAUUAAGAGACAUAAGAGAGGAAAGAAACAUUUCUAAACAAGGCGGUGCACUUUUAUUAAACAAUGUUAAAACUAAUCCAAUUUACUCAGAUGCGUCUGAGGGAUGUGAUUCCGUUGUGGCACAGCGACCUUUGGUAUUCAAAUCAGCGAAGAGUAUUGAAGAGCUUAACAAACAUAACACUUUUGUAAACCGCACUGCUGCCCUAAAUUCUUCCGGAGAAAACUUGAGCCUUGAGAGUGACUCUGAUAACUGUACGAAAUGAAGUAACUUUGUGUUAGGUUACACGAAGACCUCAAUAAUAUAAUGACGACAAAGCUCAGAUCAGUUGAUGGAUGAGAUGGUGCUCAUGUUGCUAUGGUAAUUUUACAGGGUUUAGGAGAUGUUUAUAGUGGUGGUCUUUGACAGUCAGGCAUUCUAUGUUAUUUCGAUCUUUCACCGUGACGCGACAAGCAUUAAUAGUAUAGAUUUAUUGAAGCUGUUUAAGUAACUCCAAGAGCAUUUGCUUUGAAAUAAACGAGACUUAUUUCUAUUUCUAAUCAUAAUAAUUAGGCAUUGUAUUUAUUAGUGAUCUUUUGCCGUAAGACGAGAACGAUCAACAGUAAAGAUUUAUUGUAGCUCCAUGAAUAGCUCCUUGAGCGUUUGCUCUGAAAUAAGCGAGACUUUCUAUUUGUAAUGAUUAGGCAUUGUAUUUAUGAUUGAUCCUUAGCCGUAAGACGACAACGAUUAAAAGUAAAGAUUAAUUGUAGUUCUAUGAAUAGCUCCUUAAGCAUUUGCUUUGAAAUAGACAGGACUUAUUUAUAUUUGUAAUCACAAUAACUGGGCAUUGUAUUUGUUAGUGAUCUUUUGCCGUAAGACGACAACGAUUAAUAGCAAACA